CAGACGCCUGCUCCAGAUGUUCGGGGACGUGGUGCUCGGCAUCCCGCACGAGGCCUUCGAGUCGCGGCUGGCGGCGCUCAAGAAGGCCCGCGGGGUGCAGUACGACGUACAACUGGACGAGCACGACCUCAGGAAGCUGGUGGAGCAGUACAAGCAGGUGUAUUCCGAGCUGGGCCAGGUGCUGCCCCAGGACCCCUGGGAGCAGCUCUUCAUGGGCAUCAACGCGGUCUUCAAGUCCUGGAACAUCCCCCGAGCCAUCAAGUACCGCGAGAUCAACAAGAUCACCGGACUCAAGGGCACCGCGGUCAACGUGCAGACCAUGGUGUACGGCAACAUGGGCGACAGCAGCGGCACGGGCGUGUGUUUCACACGCAACCCCGCCACGGGCGCCCCCGAGCUGUUCGGCGAGUUCCUGAUCAACGCGCAGGGGGAGGAUGUGGUGGCGGGCAUCCGUACGCCCUUGCCCAUCCAGCUGCUGGCCGAUGUGAUGCCGGACAUUCAUGCGGAGCUGCUGGCAAACACCACCAUGCUGGAGCGACACAUGAAGGACAUGCAGGAUGUGGAGUUCACGGUGCAGCAAGGCCGGCUGUUCAUGCUGCAGUGCCGCAACGGCAAACGCACCGGCACCGCCGCACUUCGCAUCGCACUGGAUCUCGCAUCCGAGGGCCUUAUCACCCAAGACGAGUCCGUUCUCAUGGUGGAGCCGCGUCACCUGGAUCAACUGCUACACCCGCAGUUCGAGGACGAGAAGAAGUACGGCGCUGACGUCAUCACGCGCGGCCUGGCGGCCUCACCGGGCGCCGCCGUGGGGAGGUUGGUGUUCUCGGCCGCAGAUGCGGAGGAGUGGCAUGCGCGUGGAGAGCGGGUGGUGCUGUGUCGGCAUGAGACGUCGCCGGAGGAUGUGGGAGGCAUGCAUGUGGCGGAGGGGAUUGUGACGUGUCGGGGCGGCAUGACGAGCCAUGCGGCGGUGGUGGCGCGCGGCUGGGGCAAGCCAUGCAUCUGCGGCUGUGAGAAGCUGCAGGUGGACCUGAAGCACAAGGUGCUGACCUACGUGUCGGAGGGCGGCGAGGCUCACCUGCGCGAGGGCGACUGGGUGAGCCUCAAUGGCACCACCGGGGAGGUAAUCCGGGGCCGCCAGCCGCUCAAGAAGGCCGAGGUCACCGGCGGAGACCUGGGAAAGUUCAUGGGAUGGGUUGAUGCGGCCCGGCGGCUGCGUGUGCUGACCAACGCCGACACACCGGAGGACGCCCUGGUGGCACGGACCAACGGCGCGCAGGGCAUCGGGCUGUGCCGUACCGAGCACAUGUUCUUCUCCACCCACGAACGCAUAGCAGCGGUUCGCCGCAUGAUCGCGGAGGAGGAGCUGUCCAGCAACCACAAGGCGGAGGCGCUGCAGGAACUCAAGAAGUACCAGCGGCAGGACUUUGAGGGCAUCUUCAAGGUCAUGGACGGCCUGCCGGUCACCAUCCGUCUCCUCGACCCGCCGCUCCACGAGUUCCUGCCCCAAGAAGGGCCCGCCAUGGUGGCCCUCUGCCGUACACUCGCAGCCGAGCUGGAUGCCCCCCUGGAGCGGGUGGAGGCGCGGCUUAACGGGCUGCGCGAGGUGAACCCCAUGAUGGGCCUGCGGGGCUGCCGGUUGGGUGUCGUACACCCCGAGAUCACGGAAAUGCAGGCGACCGCGAUCUUCGAGGCGGCGGCGGCGGUGGCGGCGGCGGGAUGCCGGGUGAACCCGCACAUCAUGGUGCCGCUGGUGGCCACCACAGAGGAGUUGGACCACCAAACGGCCAUCAUCCAUGCAGCGGCGGCAAAGGUGGAGCAGAGCUCGGGACAAAAGGUGCCGUACAGGGUGGGCGCCAUGAUCGAGAUACCCCGAGCCGCCCUGCAGGCGGGACACCUGGCAGAGCGAGCCGAGUUCUUCUCCUUCGGCACCAACGACCUCACCCAGAUGACCUUCGGCAUCAGCCGCGACGACGCGCAGGCCAAGUUCCUGUCCCACUACACGCGGCUGGGCAUCCUGCAGAGCGACCCCUUCGACACCCUGGACACGAUAGGGGUGGGUGAAAUGGUGCGCAUCGCGGUGGAGCGGGGCCGCGCCGCCAAGCCCUCCCUGGAGCUCGGCAUCUGCGGGGAGCACGGAGGCGACCCCAACUCCAUUGCCUUCUUCAACCAGGUGGGUCUGGACUACGUGUCCUGCUCGCCCCUGCGGGUUCCCAUUGCCAGGCUAGCGGCGGCGCAGGCAGCCAUCAAGGCCGCCCAGAGCAAGUAAAACGCGGGGUGGCAACAGCGGACCUGGAGGGGACUGGCAUGGGGGACAGGCAUGCGGUUGUAGUUGAUGCAUGAGCAGGAUGGUUGGAAGGAAGUCGUUUGGCGAUGACGGCGGCGGCACAUAAGGCGUGUACAGGAAAUUGCAUAAACGGCGACGUAGUAAGAUGUGAAUAAGGCAAAGGUGUGUGCAAAGAACCGUGUAUAAGGCUGCUUGCAGCACGUGGAGUACAGAGGACGCGGCUGGGGUCGUGUACGAGAUGUGGCUCCUGCAGUUACUCACUCGGCACUUCCCGGGGAUGCUUUGGAUUGCGAAGUAUAGUUGUGUUGGUUGUAGGAUUAGCCGUACAGUUGUGUUCCCAGCCCAUAUUGGUGUGCAGCAAAGCAAUGCCCGAUUAGCUAAGCCGCCGUUCACCUGUUUAGCGUGCGGUAAGGGUGUGAUCGUGGCAGGGUUAUUUUUUGUUUGCAUGCGGCGUCCUAGAAGCGGUGCUGUGUUUGGAGGCACCCGCACCGCGAAGGUACAGGAGAGUUAUAGAGUGUUCUACAUACACGACCAUACU